AUGGAAGUCUCUAACCUCUCAGGCGCCACCCCUGGCAUCGGCUUUCCUCUGGGACCAGAGAGCUGCAGUGACAGCCCAAGUUCCGGCAGGGGCGUAGGAUCCACCCCAGUUGGACUCAUCUUGCCUGGGCGCGAGCCGCCCUUCUCCGUCUUCACCGUGCUCGUGGUGACUCUAUUGGUGUUGCUGAUCGCUGCCACUUUCUUAUGGAAUCUGCUAGUUCUUGUGACUAUCCUGCGCGUCCGCGCUUUCCACCGCGUGCCACAUAACUUGGUGGCCUCGACAGCCGUUUCGGACGUACUGGUAGCGGCUCUGGUGAUGCCACUGAGCCUGGUGAGCGAGUUGUCGGCUGGGCGACGUUGGCUCCUAGGCAGGAGUUUGUGCCACGUGUGGAUCUCCUUCGACGUGUUGUGCUGCACGGCCAGCAUCUGGAACGUGGCGGCCAUCGCCCUGGAUCGCUACUGGACCAUCACGCGCCACCUGCAGUACACGCUGCGCACCCGGCGGCGAGCUUCUGCGCUCAUGAUCGCGGUCACUUGGGCACUGUCCGCGCUCAUCGCACUCGCCCCGCUGCUCUUUGGCUGGGGCGAAGCCUACGAUGCCCGGCAGCAGCGUUGCCAGGUGAGCCAGGAGCCCUCUUAUGCUGUCUUCUCCACCUGCGGAGCCUUCUACCUGCCUCUGGCGGUGGUGCUCUUCGUCUACUGGAAGAUUUACAAAGCCGCUAAGUUUCGAUUUGGCCGGAGACGGCGAGCUGUGGUGCCCUUGCCCGCCACCGCCACCAUGCAGGCAAAGGAGGCACCUCAGGAGGCUGAGAUGGUAUUCACGAGUCGCGGCAGAGCAACCGUGACCUUCCAGCCAAGCGGAGACUCGUGGCGGGAGCAGAAGGAGAAGCGGGCAGCCUUGAUGGUGGGGAUCCUGAUUGGCGUGUUUGUGCUAUGUUGGAUUCCCUUCUUCCUGACGGAGCUCAUCGGCCCGCUCUGUGCCUGCAGCCUGCCACCCAUCUGGAAAAGCAUAUUCCUGUGGCUUGGAUAUUCCAAUUCUUUCUUCAACCCCUUAAUUUACACAGCCUUUAAUAAGAACUACAACAAUGCCUUCAAGAGCCUCUUCUCUAAGCAGAGAUAAGGAGGGUUGAGGAGACACAAGGGAAGGGCCUGGGGAGAGCAAGGGGAUCUCAGCUCCCCAGAGAAUGAGCCUUCUCCUCCCGUGGCACAUUAAUGGCACUUUGAAUGUCACAGCAUUGGGCCUGGAGUGUUGAGGAGAUCUCAUGAAGGUGGCAACUGUCUGGCACACAGGCCUAUGCCUUCUACAGAAGGACGGGAUGGACAGAUGUCACUGGGGAACUGUGGUACAUUUCUGCACCAGACAGAAACCCUGCCGAACCCUUUCAGGAUGUAUUUUCCGUGUUAGUGACAAUUUGUUAGAGUUUGACAUGUGACAAAGUUGAUUUGCAUUUCCUUUAUUUAAUACUGUGUCUCUCAGGGCUUUCCUGAGACUGUCUC